AUGUCACGAGCUGAAAGCGCCAGAAUAGCUCGGACAUUCCCACAAGACCCUGACAAGUUCGCUGCGUUCAGAAGCAUUCUAUCCUGCUUUCAGACCUUUGCGAUUCAACAAGAUGGGCAUCGCGGCGAUACAAGCUCGGAAAGAAUCGAUCUCAUCAACACCGGCAUGCUUAUUAUGCUCUUCAUGGAGUCCAUCAAAGGGCUCUAUAUAUGGCCCAAUCCUCAUCUGUGGCCCGAGGUCUGGAAAUCUCCUCGCCGAAUUGAGGAUGUUAAGCUCUGGGAUUAUGAGGACGAAUUGGGCAGACGCGAGUUCCGCGAUGAGGUGGACUAUUUCCUUCGAGAGUACGAUCAAUGGGUUGAUGUUCACAAUGACCACUUUGCCACUGGUGGUGAGCACUGGGCGCCUCGCCCAAGAAAGUUGAGCCGUAUUGGGUGUUAUAUUUGGAGUGUCUAG